AUUCUUACAAAUUGUAGCUAAAAAUAUUUUUUGUUUGUUUUAGAAAUCAAGAUGGCACAUGAGAUACAUUUAAAGAACAACAAAUACCGGCAGUGGGUUAAGGCUGGCCUAGGCUUGGGUUAUCUUAAAGAGGGACUUGCGCCAUUUUGUGAUGACAUUGGAAGACAGCAGCACAAAGAUAUUAUAAACCAAAUACAACAAACAAAGACUCCUCAACCAAACAUACCAUGUGGCACCUGUCAGAUAACAACUCUCCAGCCAGAUCAUGUCCGAGUCUCAAAAGGGAUAUGUCCCCUCAAACAAGAUAAAUGUAACUGUUGUUUUCCUAAUAAUAAGAGACCCUGUCCAAACAAUGUAUGUGGUGCCAUCUAUGACAGCAUUAUACAGUAUCAUGCAUCAAUGCCACCAGUACCUUUUUGGAAAAACAGUGAUGUCCAACAGUGGUCGACAGACCCCUGGAGUGUCAUUAAAUGUUUUAUAAAUGCUCCGGGGUACAAGGACAAGACAUCAGCAGUCGACACUGAUUGCACUGGGUUGCUUCAUGUUAUCAUAAAUAACAAUUACUUUCAUAGUCAUAUUGGAGGCAAUGUUACAGGACCAAACAAUCUUUUUUCAAAGGUACGGCAGUACCGAAACGAAAUUUUUCACUCGAGCAAUAUGGAGUUAGAGGAGAGCAAAGCUAAUUGUUAUAUUGAUGACAUGAUAGCUGUUCUACAAGAUGGUAAAGAACUUAUACAUCAACAAGAUGCACAACAAGCUGUCGGGAAACUCCAAGAUCUAAAGCAAAAAGACUUUGUUAUCACUACUGAAUGCUCUGAAGAAAUUUUGAAACAAAUCAAAGAUGAAAUGACAAAAAUGCGGGAAUUUACCGAAAAUGCUGCAACUAAAGAUGAAUAUGAGGAGCUUAAAAAUAAAGUUAUUGAACUUGAAAGACAGUUGGCAAAAGAAAAAGAGGGACAACUUGAGGCUGGGAAAGAACAGAAAAGAAAGUUUACUGAACUUGAGGCAGUUAUAACAGAGCAAAAACAGGAGAUAGAAAGACUCAAGUUAGAAGAUUCUCCUCAACAGAAACAGUUAGAAUAUAAAAAGGCAAAAUCAGAAUGGCGGGAAAAGCUGAUUGAACAGUAUCACAAAACCCUGCUGCAAGUUCCUACAGCACCUUUACAACCAAAAAGUGAAAAAUGCAGUUUUAAAGACAUUUAUAUUAGACCAAAAAUAACCAAGGACAUAAAAAGAGAAAAAGGUGAGACAGAGGAGGUGGAGGUUAAAUCAAUGUCCGAAAUCUUCACAAAGGACGGAGUCCCCCAAAAUUCUGUAUAUGUUCUAGGAGAUGCAGGGUCAGGAAAAACUAGUUUUUGUAAAUAUUUGGUUAACUGUUGGUGUUUGGCACACAGUGAGGAACAUGAAGCUGACAAUGAAGAUGGCAAUGAAAAUGAAGAAGGCAAUGGUAAACCUGAAGGUGACAGUGAAACACAUGGAGGUGAUGGUGAAAAACAUGGAGCUGGCAAUGAAAAUGCAGGUGGCAGUAGUAAACCUGAAGGCGACAGUGAAAAACAUGGAGGUGAUGGUGAAAAACAUGAAGCUGGCAAUGAAAAUGCAGGUGGCAGUAGUAAACCUGAAGGCGACAGUGAAAAACAUGGAGGUGACGGUGAAAAACAUGAAGCUGGCAAUGAAAAUGAAGGUGGCAGUAGUAAACCUGAAGGCGACAGUGAAAAACAUGGAGGUGACGAUGAAAAACAUGGAGCUGGCAAUGAAAAUGCAGGUGGCAGUAGUAAACCUGAAGGCGACAGUGAAAAACAUGGAGGUGACGAUGAAAAACAUGAAGCUGGCAAUGAAAAUGCAGAUGGCAAUAGUAAACCUGAAGGCGACAGUGAAAAACAUGGAGGUGACGGUGAAAAAAACAUGAAGCUGGCAAUGAAAAUGCAGGUGGCAGUAGUAAACCUGAAGGCGACAGUGAAAAACAUGGAGGUGACGAUGAAAAACAUGAAGCUGGCAAUGAAAAUGCAGGUGGCAGUAGUAAACCUGAAGGCGACAGUGAAAAACAUGGAGGUGACGAUGAAAAACAUGAAGCUGGCAAUGAAAAUGCAGGUGGCAGUAGUAAACCUGAAGGCGACAGUGAAAAACAUGGAGGUGACGAUGAAAAAUAUGAAGCUGGCAAUGAAAAUGCAGGUGGCAGUAGUAAACCUGAAGGCGACAGUGAAAAACAUGGAGGUGACGAUGAAAAACAUGGAGCUGC